ACAUGGGGAUCAUAAAAGAAGAGUUUAACCAAUAGACGACAGCAAUUAGUAUGAUAUUAAGCCUAAAGUUAAGAUUUUGUAGAUUUGAUAUGGGUCAGAUGACCCCUUAGUAUAAGGUGGCUCCGCCACUGAAAAAACUAUUUGUCUACUCAUCUUAGUUAUGGAUUGGUCAGGGUAUUUGUCUACUCAUCUUAGUUAUUUUUAUUGAACAGUAAGAAUUAAAUCCACUUCAUGGACGGUUAAUUAAACAAAUGAAAUCAUAUAAAUAUAUUUUAAACUUUAAUGGAAAUUUUAAAAUAUUUAACUUAAUUUUGAUUGAAGUUUUAACUAUUUUUACUAUAACUUUUACUGUUUGUAUUAUUAUUACUAUUUAGAAAUAAUAUAUAUGUUUCACAAUUUAUAAGUUCAUGAAAUAUAAUUGUUUUACUUUGUUUUUAAUAUUUGUUCUACUUUAAUUUUGAUCGUAAGUAAGAUGAUUGUUUUUACUUUAACAUGUCGUGAUUGAAUUUUAGACAAAACCAAACUAAAAUUAAAGAAAACAGUUUUUAGUUUUUUUUCGUAUUGAAUCAGUAGACAGAGUUAUCAUCUACUUGAUGGAUGGACCGCAAACCAGUGGUAUUGAAAACAUAAUUCCAUUUUAUAUCUUGUGUCAAAAUUUGAGCUCAAUCACACCAUAUCCAUUGCUAAAUUUCUUAUGCAUCUGCACAAUUUUGCAUUUUCAAUUUUUUUUUUGCAUCGACUAUUUUGUUCCAAACAUACCUAAAUCCUGUAUACACUAAAUUACACCCCUAAAAAUCUAUAACACAUACUUUGACUCAAUAAAAAACUUAAAACAUAUGUUAUAAACUAGUAGAAACACUGAAUAUCAAGCUUCUCCUUUCUACAAUGAAAUAUCAACCAAAUCUUCUUUAAUCUUGGCAACAAAUAUAUUUGUUCUUCAACUUUUCUUAUGAAUAAAGCUCUAUAUGAGCUAUCUUAUCGUCUAUUUUCCAUUUCAUAUAUUUUCUUAAUAAGACUCUAGAAGUGUUAAUCUAUCACUGCGUUAAAUCAACUAUCAUCUUUAUGCUUUGCUUUCAUGAGGGACGAACGUAAGUUAUCCAUGUAUUCAGACAGAUUCUUCACUGAAUCGGAACGUUUGACCUUGUAGUUGCUAAGUUGUUGCCAAGUCCGAUUCUUAACCGAAACCUAACUUCCUUUAAAGAGAGGAGAGAUUUUACAGAGAGAGAUUUAAAGAAGUGGUUCUUACUGAUAAUUUGGUGAAUAUGUUACAUAUGAGGAACUUGCCCCUUUAUUACAUAGCCACCUCUUCAACGAACGGUGAAGAUCAAACUGAAUCAACGGUUGUGAUCUUUUUCUGGAUUUUUCUACACCUCUCUUAUUUCUCUCUAAAAUUUCUUACUCCUUAAGAUUAUUUACAAGCUUCCAUGGCUUCCAUAACUUUCUAAAUUUACCCAGAUCAAAUAUUUUUAUAGAGAAAACAUCAAAGUUUGAGAAGCAAAAACAUAUUUGUCAAAACUACACAGAUUUCACUAAAAAGGAGGCCAAAUCAAUUAGGAUACGCCCGGUCUUCCUAUACCUGCCUUCUCCUUUUGAACAAACUACUUACCCCCAGCCACUAAAUAAAUUCAUGUUUACUAAUCUUGUGGUAAAAUCAAUAUUAAUUGGAACUGUGCAGAAGAAUUGUCAAGUAUUGUUUACUAUUUACACAUGCUUUAAACUUCACAAACAAUCUACUCUAAAAACUACAUAAAGACGUCCACGAAGUACUAUCAAAUUUGAUAAUUUAUCAAGAAGAAACAUGAUAAACGUUUACUAGUGAAAAUCGAAAAUUUAAAACAUUUGCACCACAUUCUCAAUUGUUGUUUAAGUACAGUAAACAAAAUAAUAUCAUAUCGUUAGUUAAUUAUUUUUUGGUCAAAACAUGGCCAAAAUAUUAUCAUAUCGUUAGUUAAUUCAACCAUUGAAUUUUAAGUACAAAAUUUCAAAAAAGGAAUCAUUUGUAUUUUUGACUUUUGGUACAUGUCAGUGUUCGAACAUGGCCAACUAAGCUCACCAUCUAUCUCCCCCCCAUCUCAGUUCUGUCUGAAAAUGAGAGAUCAUUAUUUAUUUAGAAAAUUACGUGAUUGGAGGGAGACCCAAUAGAAAACUAAAGAAACAAGGAGAACACAUUUAAGAAGAAAACCAAAAAAGAAAAAAAAAUCAAGAAAGAAGAAGAAGAAUGGCCAUUAACGGUGACGAUAAGGUUUCAGGAGAAGAAACAGCUUCGUCGAACCGGCCGGUUAGAGUCUACGCCGAUGGAAUCUAUGAUUUGUUCCAUUUCGGUCACGCUCGCGCCAUCGAACAAGCCAAGAAAUCGUUUCCGAACACGUAUCUGCUCGUAGGAUGUUGUAACGACGAGAUCACAAACAAAUUCAAAGGAAAGACCGUGAUGACAGAGUCCGAACGCUAUGAAUCUCUCCGACAUUGCAAGUGGGUCGAUGAAGUGAUUCCAGAUGCACCAUGGGUUCUCACCACUGAGUUUCUCGAUAAGCAUCAGAUCGACUACGUAGCUCAUGAUGCUCUUCCAUAUGCGGAUGCUAGUGGAGCUGGAAACGAUGUCUAUGAGUUUGUAAAGUCGAUUGGGAAGUUUAAAGAAACUAAACGAACAGAGGGGAUAUCGACAUCAGAUAUAAUCAUGAGAAUUGUGAAAGAUUAUAAUCAGUAUGUGUUGCGUAACUUGGACCGAGGAUAUUCCAGAGAAGAGCUCGGUGUCAGCUUUGUUAAGGAGAAGAGGCUUAGAGUGAACGUGAAACUGAAGAAACUACAAGAGAAAGUGAAAGAACAACAAGAAAAGAUACAAACCGUAGCAAAAACUGCUGGGAUGCACCGCAAUGAGUGGGUUGAAAAUGCUGAUCGUUGGGUUGCUGGGUUUCUUGAAAUGUUUGAGGAAGGUUGUCAUAAAAUGGGAACAGCCAUCAGAGAUGGGAUCCAGCAACGGCUACUGAGGCAGGAAUCAGAAGAUGCCGAGGAUGAUGAGAGCGAAGAAAUUUCUGAUGAGGAUGAGGUUGCAGAAGGGGAUGAAAACUAUCAUGUCAGGAAGGUUUCUUAAAUGAGAAGGGCAACAAAGAGAAUGGGAUAGUGAAGAAAUGAGAGUUUUGGUUCAGCAUUCAAGAAUUUCCAGAUGCGGAAGACCAAAGUGUAACAGAUUCCACAGUUAUGGACUAGAAUUGUUUGUUAUGUUCAAGUGAAUACAUGAAAACUGUACUUCCAAAUCUCUACUUGUUUCUAUGACUCAAAUGUCACUGAUGUAGAAUUUAUGAUCAACCACUCCCAAUUAUUACA